CAUCGGUUUUUCAAACAUUUUCACUGCAUUUUGAAUCCUGCUGUUGAUUUGAAUGCAAUCUGCAAUUGGAGAUGGGGAAUUGUGAUUGGGGUUGGUUAGAAUGUUAUGCUUUGGAGAUGAUUUUGUUGAGAUGAAUGAUUCCUUGUUUGGUUGAGAACAGGCGGUGAAUGAUCCAUACCACUUAUCUGCAAUUCAACAGUGUAUUUUGGACACGGAUAAAAAAUACCACCUUUUAGAUGAUCCUAACCACUUAAUCGGAUGGUGUUCACUUUUUAAUCUACUAAUAGAGCACUUAGGAUUGUGCGACCACCCUGAUUAUUGUUCUGGCCUUGACAUGUGCAUGUGUUUGGUUGUGUUCUCGUGGAUCUCGUUCGCAAUGAUAAUUUGUAUAAUUGGCAUUCAUGUAAGAAGCUUCUUAGAUUUAAUUGAGCUGUGGCAUUCUUGUAACACUGGUUACAAUCAAUCAAUUCGUCAAAGGGGAGAUUGGGUUUCUUAUUAUUUAUUUAGGGUAGUUUAGGUAGGUGUGUUGGAGAUUUUAGGGUGUUGGCUUUGGAAUUUUGUGUUUCAGACAUGGUUUAUACAUGCUUGUAUACCUUUAUUGGCAGAUUAGUACAUUCUAAAGAGAUGGACGCGGCAUGCGAAAGUGGGUUAUGGUCACGCCAAUAACGGCAUAGAAAAUAAGCAACAUUGUGAUAAUUCUCUCACUACGUCAUAGUGAUUUAUCUCAGAUUUGUAGUUUAGUUAUCAAUGAAGGGGCUUCCUCGAGACAGGGGUAUCACUUGGUUAGAGAAUUGUUAUAUAAGUUUUGAAAGAGGCAUGGGCCCUAAAGUUAGAACCAUGUACUGACAUUACGAGAAAAUCUAAGAAGAAUGUGACUACAAGCCUCAAAGUAAUUAUUAAAUAUCCCAAGUGUGCUAAGACAUAGGGGAGCGGAAAGAGAAUAACCUAGAAAGGGAGAAGGGAAGAAAAAGAAUGAGAUAGAAAAUGCAAUGGUUGUGGCAAGCUUGGUGCUAAGCAUGACAAAUGUAAUUGUCUAGCAUUUUAUGAUGAUCAUUCUUUUGAUCAUGCAGUACAUGACUACACAGUAUACCUUAAAACUCAAAUUUCAGGCAACCAUAUACCACAAGUUUCGCACUCUCCUUGUAUUUAACUACUCCGUCAUGGUUGGUUUCUUCUAAGCUUCCAACUUUAUAAAUUUUAUAACUGUAAAUAUCUCUAUCUUAUCUUUCGCUUUCCGCGACAUAAUACAAUCCUCCAUACAACUUUUCUUGAAAUUGUAAAUACUCUCAUUGUGUAUGUUUCGCACAUUACUUUCUCCACUUCUCAUGGCAUUUUCAACUUGGCUUUCUUGCUUAUUGUUUCAUAAUCUACAACGAGGUCAUAAUACCUUUGACGCGCAACUCCCCCAUCAAACCAAAUGAUGAAGUCCAUCAGUGAAUUAUGCUUCAAGAUGUACUUAUGAAAGAAGGCAUUCAUGCUUUCACUACACUGACUCCUAAACAUACCUGUUAUGAAAAUGCAUUUUAAGAAUGCAGGUAUCCAUUUAUGACGGGUAUCAAAUAUCGAGGGUGACCCCCUUCCAGUGAAAGUGAACAAGCUUUCCUCCACAAAGACACAACUUCCAUAUCAUUACUAUUUUCUGAAUUAUUGCAAACCCCCCAAAGUCGUGAACAGUGCCGAGAAUUUAGGAGAGGUUCUUCGAGGUGACCGCAUAGAGAACUCAGUUUAUAAAGUGAGUUCCCUGCCCCGUCUAAUCUGCCCACCAGCUUCCGCAGUUUUUCAUUCUACUAAGUUGGUUCUGCUCUCUUGUUCCAAAUGAGAGAAGAACAGUCAUGCAAGGUAGCUUGUCGAAUAAAGCUUGACCCCAAAACGGUGAAGAAUUUCAAGGAGAAAAUCGAUGAUGAAUAUCGAGUGAACAUGAUUUUAGAUAAUCUUCCUGUCACAGUUCCUAACCAGUGGGGAGAUGGAAGUCAAUUGACCACUUAUGAACAUGGUUUCCAUGUUGGGUUCAAAGGAAUCUUUAGUGGUUCCAAAGAUGAGAAGCAUUUUAUCAAUAACCACCUGAGCUUCAGAGUCAUGUAUCAUAAAGAUCCUGAAACUGAUGUUGCUCGUAUUGUUGGUUUUGAGGUUAUGCCAUACAGUAUAAAUCACGAGUAUAAGCAACCUUGGGAUGAAAAGAACCCUCAAUUGCUAACAUGCAAUCCGAAGACCAACAAUAGGAUUCAAGACACUGGUCCACAGGAAGUCAUUUUGGAUAAAGAGGUCAUAUUCACAUACGAUGUUUCCUUCCAGGCCAGUGAUAUUAAAUGGGCUUCUCGUUGGGACACAUAUCUCCACAUGAAUGAUGAUCAGAUCCAUUGGUUUUCCAUCAUCAAUUCCCUGAUGAUUGUGCUAUUCCUGUCUGGAAUGGUGGCCAUGAUCAUGAUGAGAACUUUGUACAAAGAUAUAGCCAACUACAAUCAGUUGGAGACCCAGGAGGAAGCCCAGGAGGAAACAGGGUGGAAACUUGUCCACGGUGAUGUUUUCAGGCCUCCUGUCAAAUCCAGCCUUCUCUGUGUUUAUGUUGGUACAGGGGUCCAGUUCUUUGGGAGUACACUUGUCACCAUGAUAUUUGCACUGUUGGGUUUCCUCUCGCCUUCAAACCGCGGUGGUUUAAUGACUGUCAUGGUCCUUUUGUGGGUUUUCAUGGGCUUAUUCGCAGGCUACUCCUCAGGCCGCCUAAACAAGAUGUUUAGAGCCAAAGAGUGGAAGAAGAUCGCCUUGAGAACUGCAUUCAUGUUCCCCGCCAUCGUGUUCACGAUCUUCUUUGUGUUGAAUGCACUGAUAUGGGGUGAGAAGUCUUCCGGUGCAGUCCCCUUUGGGACCAUGUUCGUGCUUGUGUUCCUAUGGUUUGGAAUAUCAGUCCCACUGGUCUUCAUCGGCAGCUACUUGGGUUUCAAGAAGCCGGCAAUCGAGGACCCUGUGAAGACGAACAAGAUCCCGAGGCAGAUACCCGAGCCAGCUUGGUACAUGCACCCUGUAUUCUCCAUACUCAUCGGAGGCAUACUCCCGUUCGGGGCUGUCUUCAUCGAGCUCUUCUUCAUCUUGACCUCCAUAUGGCUGAACCAAUUCUACUACAUCUUUGGCUUCCUCUUCCUAGUGUUUGUUAUCCUUAUCAUCACAUGUGCUGAGAUAACAAUCGUGCUAUGCUACUUCCAGCUCUGCAAUGAGGAUUACCAUUGGUGGUGGAGGGCAUACCUUACGGCGGGCUCGUCUGCCGUGUACCUCUUCCUGUAUUCAAUCUUCUAUUUCUUCACCAAGUUGGAGAUAACGAAGGUUGUCUCUGGCAUCCUUUACUUUGGGUACAUGCUGAUCGGGUCGUAUGCUUUCUUUGUGCUGACGGGGACAAUUGGCUUUUACGCAUGCUUCUGGUUUGUCCGGAAGAUCUACUCAUCACUGAAGAUCGACUGAUGAAGUAGAAGACAGGAGAAUGAUCUUGGCGGGCCAAUUGGUUUAAAUUUUGCAUCGGAGGAUGCCCAUGGAAUUGGGUGACAGUUUUAAGGUAUCAUCACCUUUGUCUCAUACAGCCAUUGCAAGAUGGCUGGACAGGAAGGUGGGCCUCACGCGCUAUGUGGGGUGCUUAAUGUAGGAUGGCUUGUAAUUUCAUUUUUGUUUUUGAAUGUUUUACGCGGUCUAUACAUUCCAGAAGAAGUUUAUAUUUGAGGAGCUAUAAUUACAAGCGCACGUGUUGCAGUGAAACAUAUCAUUUGAGUCUGCUCA